ACUUACGCGAAAAUACUUUUGUUACAUCGCAAAAUAGCGAGACUGUUGAGGAAAUAAGUUCUCAAAAUACCGGUAAAUCAGUAAAUAAAGGUGGACGUCCAAGAUCUGAUAUUUGGAAUUAUUUUAUUAGUGGAGAAUCCGAUG